CCAAUCAGAAGCUGCGAUCCCGUGAGAGGCGACCCGCCGAGGGGCACUUCGUGAGCUUCAGGAGGAGAGCAUCGCAACGACCACACCAAUUCCGAACCAGUUCCUCCAAACUCAUCGCAUUUCAAACAACUUCCCAUCUAUUAAAUCUCGAUAAACCACUAGCCGCCAUGUUGAUCAAGGAAUCCCACGUCGACGUCCCGACAACUGCCAAUGGCAAGGACAGCUCCAUGCGCAUAUUUCUGUUCCAUCCUACGAUUCCUGGAUAUCCCAACGCUCGCUUCCCUGGUGUUUGCCUCUUCAGUGAGAUCUACCAAGUCACUGGCCCUGUUGCCCGUUUCGCCCGCCAGAUUGCCGGCCAGGGCUACAUCGUCGCCGCCCCCUCCUCCUAUCACGACUUCACUGGCCCAGAGGCCCUCAAGUACGACGUGGAGGACACCGACCGCGGCAACCAGUAUAAGAUUGACAAGACUCUCGAGUCCUAUGAUGCCGACUCCUACGCCACCGUCGACUGCCUUCUCUCUCUGCCAACCUGCACUGGCCUCAUCGGCGCCACUGGCAUGUGUCUCGGCGGCCACCUCGCGGUCCGCGCUGCUCUUGACCCCCGCAUAACCGCGUGCGUAUCAUACUUCGCCACGGACAUCCACUCCCGCACACUUGGCCCUUACACGGCCGCCAACACCUCGUCCACCCCGCCCCCGAACAGCAACCACACCCUCGAUCUCUUUGCCAACUUCAAGGGCGAGGUAGCCAUGAUCUUCGGUAUCAAGGACACCCACGUGCCCGACGCUGGCCGUGACCUCAUCCGUGCCAAACUCCGCGACGCAGGUGUCGUCACCAGCUUCCACGAGUUUGCCUGGGCCCAGCACGCCUUCAUCCGGGACGAGCUCAGCAAGGGUCGCUACGACCCAGCCAUCACCAAGGUCUGCUUCGAGAUUCUCCUCGAGCUCUUCGGAAGGACCCUAAAGACCGACCUUGGGGCCAAGGACGGCGCCGUGCCCCCACCUGAGCAUAUCUGUUAACAUGUCACGAUGCUCUACAUGAUUUGUUCACUUUGGGUCCAGUUAUGUGACCAUGACCUUGACAAAUAAUAAUGGAUAUUCUAAUAUAUCUUAACUUCGUGAGAAUGUGUGAGAUGCUCAGUAGCAAUCCCGGGCCUGGAAAGCCCUUUUUCGUC